AUGUCCAAUAUCAAACUUUUCGGGGGCAGCUCCCAUCAGGACUUAGCCCAGAAAAUUGUCGAUCACCUGGGCCUGGAGCUAGGCAAGGUGAUGACCAAGAAAUUCAGCAACCAGGAGACCUGCGUGGAAAUUGGCAAGAGUGUGAGAAGAGAGGAUGUCUACAUAGGUUGUGGCAAAAUCAAUGACAGUCUAAUGGAGCAUUUGAUCAUGAUUAAUGCCUGCAAGAUUGCUUCAGCCACCCGGGUUACGGUUCAUCCCAUGCUUCCCUUAUGUCAGCAGGAUAAGAAGGAUAAGAGCCGGGCCCCAGUAUCUGCCAAGCUUGUUGCAAAUAUGCUGUCUAUAGCAGGUGCAGAUCAUAUCAUCACUAUGGACUUACAUGCUUCUCAAAUUCAGGGUUUUUUUGAUAUCUCCGUAGACAAUCUGUAUGCGGAGCCCGCUGUCCUGAAAUGGAUCCAGGAGAAUAUCCGGGAGUGGAGGAACUGCACUGUUGUCUCACCAGACGCUGGUGGAGCUAAGAGAGUGACCUCCAUUGCCGGCAGGUUGGAUGUGGACUUUGCCUUGACUCACGAAGAACAGAAGGCCAAUGAAGUGGACCGUAUGGUGCUAGUGGGGGAUGUGAAGGAUCAUGUGGCCAUCCUUGUGGAUGACAUGGCUGAUACUUGUGGUACAAUCUGUCAGGCACCUGACAAACUUCUCUCAGCUGGAGCCACCAGAGUUUACGCGAUGACUCAUGGAGUCUUUUCUAGCCCGGCCAUUACUCGCAUCAAUAGUGCAUGCUUUGGAGCAGUGGUCGUCAUCAAUACCAUACCUCAGGAGGAUACAAUGAAACAUUGCUCCAAGAUACAGGUGGUCCACUUUUCCACAAUCCUUGCGGAAGCCAUCAAAAGAACUCACAACGGGAAAUCUAUUUCCUACCUAUUCGGCCAUGUCCCUUUAUAAAAGAAUAACUUUAGAUUAUUCUAUUUUAC